AUGAUAUUGUUAGGAACCUAUUUCACCGACAAACUUCCUUUUCAAAGGAUAUUAUUACAUGGUCUAAUUAGAGAUAAGUAUGGGAAAAAAAUGUCAAAAUCUCUGGGUAAUGGAGUAGAGCCGGAGGUGCUAAUUGAAAAAUAUGGUUUGGAGGUUCAUAUUACCGUUAACAGUCAAAAAAAAAUUUUUAAUUGGGAAAAUACCUAUCGCGGCGAUAUUCCUCCCAAUAGCCAAGUAGGAGCAUGGGAAUUAGGUUAUUUAGGAGUUUUGCCAAUCAUUAAUCCCCAAGUCAUUCGGUUAGGGUUAAAAUUAGCCGCAGCCUUGGAAAUGGAAAUCAGUAAAAAUUUUAUUUUUGACCGCAAAAUUUAUAAUUAUUUUGAUUUGCCGAAAGGCUACCAAAUUACCCAACAAGAACUUCCCUUCGCCAAUUCCGGCUAUCUGCCUAUUGUCAAAGAAAACAGUCUUGAAAAAAUACCGAUAAAAAUUCUCCAAUUAGAGGAGGACACUGCUAAAAGUAUUUAUGUCAAAGAAGGAGUUAAAUUAGAUUUUAACCGAGCCGGUAAUCCUUUAAUUGAAUUAGUUACCGAACCAGUUUUUUCCCAAGUAGAAACGGUGCUAAUAUUUAUCAAGCAACUUCAAAGCCUUUUACGUUAUUUAAAUAUUUCGGAAGCCAAAAUGGAACAAGGGCAAUUGCGAGUAGAUUUAAAUUUUUCUCUUCGGUUAGGAGAUAAAUAUUCUACUCCUCGCUAUGAAAUUAAAAAUCUUAAUUCAUUGGCUAAUAUUGAAAAAGCCUUAAAAUGUGAAAUUAGCAAGCACCAAGCAUUAUUUUCCCAAGGACAAAAUCCUCCUGUCAGUCAGACCCUAGGCUUUGACGAAGCCAAACAAACUACUAUCGCUCAUCGGGAAAAAACUGAUUAUUUUUACUUGCCAGAAUUUAAUAUCCCUCCUAUCAAAAUAAAAGAUUCAGAAAUCCAAAAAAUAAAAAAGGAUUUGCCGAAAUUACCUUGA